AUGCUCCAUCCCGGAUCUUCCAACAUGAUCUCUUCCAUGAUGGCACCAGCCUUUCAAGCCAUAAGGCAGCCGUUGAAAAGGGGCAAUACGGGAGUGAAUUCUUUCAGAUCGAUGCGCUGCCAGUCUACUCAACCGAAGAGUCGCAUGCCCAAGAUGUCCACCCAAGAAUUCCAACAGCUCUAUAGAGAGAGACAACAGGAGAAGCUCAGAAUGAAGAAUAGAUCGAUUGGAUUAUACGCAUCUUCUCUCGGGAUGGUGUUUUUGACUUUGGCCUUUGGCUCAGUUCCCCUUUAUAGAGCUAUCUGCCAAAAGACCGGUUGGAGUGGAACUCCAAUGACUGAUGUUUCCAAGAUGACUCCUGAUAAACUGAUCCCAGUGGACACGUCGAAGAAGAUCCGUGUUCAGUUCACGGCGGAGACGUCUGGUAUCUUACCUUGGAAAUUUGUCCCUCAACAGCGUGAAGUGUACGUAACUCCCGGUGAAACCGCAUUGGCAUUUUACAAAGCUAGAAACGAGAGUGCUCAUGAUAUCAUAGGAAUGGCAACAUACUCAGUUACCCCCGAUCAUGUUGCUCCGUAUUUCAACAAAAUCCAAUGCUUUUGCUUUGAAGAACAGAAACUGGCGGCUGGAGAGGAAGUGGAUAUGCCUCUUUUCUUCUUCAUCGACCCAGAAUUCAUGAACGACCCUACUAUGAGAAAUAUUGACGAUAUCGUACUGCAUUAUACUUUCUUCAAGGCAAAUUAUGGGCAAAACGGACAGCUAAUGACCAGUCCUUUAAUCCCCAGGUGA